GCUGGCGAGUUGCUGGAAUCAUUGCAGGAAGGAAGCACGAAAGGAGAGGAGGGAGGAGAGGAGGAGAGAGGAGAGGAGACGGGAGAGGAGGAGGGGGGAGAGGGGAGAGGAGAGGAGGAGGGGGGAGAGGAGAGAGGAGAGGAGGAGGGGGGAGAGGAGAAGGGAGAGGGGGAGGGGGGAGAGGAGGGGGGAGAGGAGGGGGGAGAGGAGAGGGGAGAGGAGGAGGGUGGAAAAGUUGACAGGAGAGAACGGGAGGGGGAAGAAGGGGGAGGAGAGGAGGAGAGGGGAGAGGAGGAGGGGGGAGAAGGGGAGGGAGAAGGGAAAGGAGCAAAAAAGAAGGGAAGGAAAAGCAGAGGGAGAAGGAGAAAGGGAAAGGGAGAGAAUUGCACAACGGAAGUGCAAGGUUCCUUGCAUGAAGGAGAGAGAGGAGAAGGGGGCGAAGAUGAGGGAAUGGGGGAAGGGGAUGACGAGGAUGGGAGAGAUAGGGAGAAAGAUACAAACGAGGAUGAUGAAAGGGAGAAGAGGGAGAAGAAGCGAGAGAGUGAGAAGGGGAGAGAAGAGGAGAAGGAGCAGUGCAGGGCCAAGGCACGGGCAGUGGGCACCAUUCGGCUGAUAGGGGAGCUGUUUCUUCAGAGAAUGAUUCCCGAACCGGUGGUUCAUGCAUGUGUGCAGGUGAGUGGUUCGUGUGCGUGGGUGCGCAUGUGUGCAGGUGCGUGGGUGCGUAUGUGUGCAGGUGCGUGGGUGCGCAUGUCUGCAGGUGCGUGGGUGCGCAGGUGUGCAGGUGUGCGGGUGGUUAUGUGCAGUUUGUGUUCCUCCUCCUUCUCAUAUAAUAGCGGUGCGUGUUUGUGUGUGUUUGCUGCUUUUGAUUGCAAGGGGGACGAUGGAGAGGAGUGGGGGAGUGCCACUACUGUUGGACAAGUACCCCCCUCGUUCACCUCCCUUCCAACUAUUGCUUCUCUCCCAUACACCCCUCGCUUCCCUCCCUCCCCCAGGAACUUUUGGGCGAUCCUGCAUCCAUCCGCCCUCCCACCCACGUCGAAGCAGUGUGUGUGCUGCUCACAAUAG